UCUUCUUAAACAACACAGACACGAUCACAUCUUCCCCAGAUCCAACCCACCAUGGCACCGGCAACCACCGCCCUCGUCCUCUUCCUCCUCCUUCUCUCCACCACCUCAAAUGCUCACAACAUCACGCGCAUCCUCGCCAAACACCCCGAGUUCUCCACCUUCAACCACUACCUAACUGUCACUCACUUGGCCGCCGAGAUCAACCGACGCGAAACCAUAACUGUUCUGGCACUCAACAAUGCCGCCAUGUCAUCUCUCUUGUCUAAACAACUCUCCCUCUACACCCUCAAGAAUGUCCUCUCUCUCCAUGUCCUCGUCGACUACUUCGGUUCCAAGAAGCUUCACCAGAUUACCGAUGGAACUGCUUUGACCUCCACCAUGUUCCAGGCUACCGGUGCUGCUCCUGGUUCCUCCGGCUACAUCAACAUCACCGAUCUCAAAGGCGGAAAAGUCGGCUUCGGAGCCGAAAACAACGAUGGAAAACUCGAUGCUGUUUACGUUAAAUCCGUAGCAGAGCUUCCUUACAACAUCUCUGUCCUACAGAUCAGUCAGCCUUUGAAUUCAGCCGAAGCUGAAGCACCAACCGCAGAGCCAAGCCAGCUUAAUCUAACAGCGAUAAUGUCAAAGCAAGGAUGCAAAGCGUUUGCAGAUUUACUGAUAUCUUCAGGAGCCGAUGCGACGUUCAACCAAAACGUCGAUGGAGGUUUAACAGUGUUUUGCCCUACCGACCCUGUCAUCAACGGUUUCAUGCCUAAAUACAAGAACAUGACAGCAUCCAAGAAAGUUUCCCUGCUGUUGUACCACGGGAUUCCCGUGUACCAGUCCAUGCAAAUGCUGAAAUCCAACAAUGGGAUCAUGAACACACUGGCGACCGAUGGAGCGAACAAGUACGAUUUCACCAUUCAAAAUGACGGCGAGGAGGUGACAUUGGAGACUAAAGUUAUGACUGCAAAGAUUACAGGGACUUUGAAAGAUGAGGAGCCAUUGAUUGUUUACAAAAUUAGUAAGGUAUUGUUGCCCAGAGAGUUGUUCAAGCCAGUGGAAGAAGCGGCCGAGUCACCAAAGCCAUCGAAAUCCAAGCACAAGGUCGCAGCCGAUGCACCGGAAUCUGAUGCACCAGCGGAGAGUGAUCCAGCCGAUGAUCAGACGGCAGAUAACGAAAAUGGGGUUGCAGGAUUGGAUGGUGGGGGAGAUUGGUGAUGGUGUUGCUAAGCUUGUCCAUUGGUGUAUUAUUAAUGUGAAUACAUUAUUGAUA